AUGCAAUCGAUUGUAUUGAUUGAAGAAGCUCUUGCAUGUCUUGAUGUAAAUCGACAAUAUACAUUUACUGUUAAUGUUAGUGGUGCACGUGGUUAUGUUGAUGCUCGUAUAAUAGCACUAAGUGGAGUGGAAGAAUCAUGCACUGUACAAGAUAUGGGUGAUGAUCAUUAUGCUAUUCGAUUUGUACCUAAAGAAAAUGGUAUUCAUUGGAUAUAUGUUCGUUUCAAUGGACGUGAUAUACCUGAUUCACCAUUUCGUAUUGUUGUUGGCCAAGCUAAUGCUGAUCCAGGUCGAGUAUUUGCUUCUGGUUCUGGUUUAUAUCAAGGAGAAACUGGACAAUCAUGUGAAUUUUUAAUUGAUACAACAAAUGCUGGUGCUGGUGCAUUAGCUGUUACAGUUGAUGGACCAUCAAAAGUUCAACUUGAUCGAUAUCGUGUUACAUUUACACCAACAGCACGUGGAGAUUAUCUUAUUUCAAUUAAAUUUGCUGGUAUUAAUAUUGCUGGUAGUCCAUUUAAAUGUACAGUUGGAGGUAAAAUAAGUAUUACGAAAUCAGAAGAUAAAAAUAAAAUUAGCUCAAGCUUUCGAUGA